AUGUCACCGUCUUUUCUAGAAAUUCCUGAUGUUCCAAUGGAAAUGAUAAUGAAUUACUUGGACUAUACUGCAAUUCAAUGCGUUCGCAAAACGUGUUGGGACCUCAGGAACUUCAUUGACGACAAGAAACCGGGAAUCGGCAUAGAACAAAUUCGCAUUUAUGAAAUGGACUUUGCAGAAGUCAGACUGGUGAUCAGUGAACCUAUCACAGGGCAAUUUAUCAACUUAGAUUAUAAAAUAGGUGGUGCAAACCGAUGCAAAAUUAAGGGUGGAACAAGUAACGGAUGGAAGAAUAAAAAUGUCCAAAACUUGAACUUUUUGGAUGCCGUUUUUCAUGAUAUCAAAGUUGCCCUAAACUCUCAAAAGUCAGUAAUCAAGAAGGUCUCUGUAACUGGAGAGACCAUUUUUGAAAAAAUCGAAGAAAGGAUGAAAUCACAAAAACCAUUUGCAACUGAAUCUAUCGAAAUCCGCGGGAGUUGUCUGGAACACGCUCGUCAAAUCAUGCGGUGUGCGGACCCAAAAUAUCUCAAGUUCAUCGAAUAUUCCGAUGCGCCCACGAAAAUUUGUGAGACUGUGAAGUUGGAAUCGUCGAAAAACAUCCAGAACUUCUCUCAUUUUUCUAUGACAUCAAUUCAGUUGGAGAAUCUAGACGUAGAGACGUUACGAGCAAUAAAAGAGAACUUUCUUCAAUUCCAUGAAUACGAUAAAGACUUGUUCGUGCACAAUCCUAUCAGAGAGAACUUGUUCAUCGACGCUUUCGGAGAAGCUCUCGAAACGCUUGAAGAGAAUGAGGAAAAUAGAUUUUUCAAUGUUUCUGGCAAUAAUGAAAAAGUCCUAAAGGUGCAUAAUCAAUAUUUAGGGUAUAAAUUCCAGUUUGUAGAAAAAUGUGAGGUUCCAGGAGGUUAUGAGAUUCUCGAUUGA